AUGAAGACCGUCGACUUUGAUUUCGAUGUUACCGCAAGGGUGAUGCCUGAUGACCCUGUUGAGCUGCGCGGUAAGAGUCGAGAGGAUGGAAAAAUGAUUGUGCUUGACCGCUCCGUGGAUGCGAUUAUACACUCGGGAUUCGCAUCCAUCUGCGAGUACUUUCGCCCUGGCGACCUCCUGGUGUUGAAUGAUAGUUACGUGCUCGCAAACGUCCUGUGGUUUAAGCACGGUGAUGAAACUACCCAUGUGGGCUUGUGUGGCCACGAACCCGACAAUACGACGGUCGUCGAUAUGUUCGGAUGGCCAGCAGCUGCAAAGGGGUUGAAACUGACGUCCAAGAAUAACGACAAGCUCACCUGUACCCUGCUGGAGCAGCUGCCCGACCAGCUCUGGAGAGCCAAAUUUGAACCGUUCGACCUAGUUAUACCGACACUAGUUGAAUUCGGACAGCGAAUUGACGAUAUAACUGACCCGAGUGUGACACUGUGGAGGUCAACCCCUCUAGCCUAUCGCUCUGUGUACGCCAAUAAACCUGGGUCAUUUAAUGUACCCUCAGCUGGGCUUCACUUCUCUGACAGACUGAUGGCUGAGGUUGUUGCCAAGGGAGUUGAGGUCGCUUACCUUACGCUGCAUGUUGGAGCAACGGAGACCUUUGCGGUUCGCCAUAUUAGCGAGGAGGAGAUCGAGAAUCACACGGUCCGGUCCGAGUACUUUGAGGUCGAAGAGAAAACAGCUGCACAGAUAAAUCGGGCCAUUACUGAGAACAGGCGUAUCAUCGCUGUGGGGACGACUGUUAUGAGAACACUGGAAUCACUGGCAGUCAAACAAGAGCCCAAAACUCCUAUCAAGGCUCAAUCAGGAUGGACAGAUCUAUAUAUCUUCCCCGGGUUUACGUUCAGGCUUGUGGACGUGCUGCUGACGAACCUCCACCAGCCACGGUCAAGCCAUAUCGUCCUUACCGCAGCCUUUGCUGGAAAAGAUCUUGUCAUGCGCAGUUACGCAGAGAUUCUUGAACGUGGUGGAUAUGAGUUUGAUAUGUUUGGUGACAGCAUGCUGAUCGUGUAG